CAAGAUUCGUGUCGGGCUCGGUACCUAAAAAAGUUCUCAAUUAAUAAGUUAAUCGAUGAUUUUUUAAAAUGACUGUUAAAAAGCCGGACGUUAUAGACAAUUCGCUGGACGCGAUUUUGAUUAAGUUAGGGGAUUUUGGAAGAUAUCAAAUUUUUGUAUUUUCUUUAGUAUGUGUGGCUGUAGUUUUACAUUCGAUGGCUCAUAUCGCCUAUGUAUUCACUGCAAUGGAUUUAGAUUAUAGGUGUAAAAUUCCAGAAUGCGACUCUCCAAUAAAUCCAGAAUACCAACAACCCUGGCUAGGAAACUCAAUCCCAUAUACAAACCAUCGCCCCGAUAAGUGUUCGAGGUACGUGCCAUUCAAAAACGAUACUGGAUUAAAUAAUUGCACAUUGGGAGACUUCAAUAUGGACAUUGUGGUACGUUGUGAGGAUUUUGUUUAUAGUGGAGUGGAGCAUACAAUUUUGAAGGAGUACAAUCUUCAAUGUGACAAUAAUCUAUGGAAAUUAACAAUGGUUGGAACUAUUAAUAACAUCGGCCAAUUUUUUGGCCUGAUGACUUCUGGAUUUAUAUCAGACAAGUAUGGAAGAAAAGUUGUUCUGGUCUGGGGUUUAAUACUGUGUGGAAUUUGUGGCUGUUUAAGAACCUUUAUGCCCACAUACGAACUGUUUUUGGUAUUCGAAUUUUUAGACGCAGCCUUUGGUAGCGGAAGUUAUAUUUGUGGGUUUGUAUUAGGGGUUGAACUAGUAGGUCCAAAAAAGCGAAUUUUAACAGGUACACUAAUAAGUUCCUGCUACGCAAUUGGAGAAAUAUUGAUAGCUAUUGCUGCUUGGAACACAAAAUCUUGGAAGCCAUUGAUUUUAAUAUCCUAUGCACCAUCAAUUUUACUUGUAUCUUACUUGUGGCUGAUACCAGAAUCAUUGAGAUGGAAUCUGAGUAAAGGCCGCAUUGCAGAAUGUAAAAAGACAUUGAGAAAAUUGGCGAAAGUUAACGGCAAAGAAAUUUCCGACAAGGAAUUGGAGACUUUGGAUGUGGUGGUUGCAGAAAUCAAUGGACCCGGGAAAAGUUUGGGAAAGUCGAAUUCCUUAUUUAUGGAAGCAAUCAAAUCCAGAACAUUAAUGCUAAGACUUAUCGCAUGCUGCAUUUGUUGGGUCACUUGCACAUUUCUGUUUUACGGCUUGACACUUAACUCAGUGUCUCUAGUGGCUGGAAAUAACUAUUUAGAUUUUAUACUGACAUCUUUAGUUGAGAUCCCAGCAUAUUUCGCCUGUAAUUUUGUUGUCGAAAAAUACGGACGAAAAAGGACACUUUUCAUCAGUUAUUUGCUUACUGGAGCUGCUUGCUUGUCAUUUAUUUUCAUUCCCAACACUUCAAGGUGGGGUAGCCUCUCAGUUUACCUUAUCGGAAAAUUUGGAGCCACAGCCUCGUUCACAAUACUCUACGUUAUCACUAGUGAAAUGUUCCCAACUAAUUUAAGAAACUCGUUUAUGGGGACUUGUUCGACAUUUGGCAGAUGCGGAUCAAUGAUAUCCCCACAGACUCCAUUAUUGGCAAAACUUUGGGGCCCUCUACCUCUACUUAGCUUUGCCGGAAUGUCUUUGAUAGCUGGUGUUCUGACUCUUCUAUUUCCUGAAACUUUACACAAAAAACUGCCGGAUACUGUUAAAGAAGCUGAAGAUAUUGGUAAAGCUCUCAAGAUUGUUGAUUCUCGAUUAGAAGUACCAGAAAAACCAUAUAUUUUAGAGAAGUAUUAAAUAUGAAACCUGGAAAUCCUGUGAUAUUUUUUUAUGUAGGUAUACAGGGUGCCCCACGGUGGAUGGCGUAUCAGACGUUUAUGGAGAACUAAAAAGCAGAUCAUUUCGAAAAUUUGGCAACCGGGAUGAACGACCAUAAUCUACACUUUAAAAAUAUUUUUGUUUAUGCGGUGUUGCCGCUUCUACUCUCAACCAGUGGCAACAUCGCUAUUUUAAAUGAAACACCCUGUAUGUGAUUGCAUAUUUGGAUUCUACGUAAAAUUCUGAGCAGAUUUCAUGUGAUACACCCUAUAUCUAAGUUCAACCAUUUUGGAAAUAUUGACAGUUGAAAAUUGACUUUUUGCAACUUUGACAGGCUGUAAAACCUGAACGGUUAAUUUUAGAGGAAAACCGAUUUCACAUUUCUGUCUUAAUUUUUAUAAACUAUCAUUUGACACCAACUUUAAAUUUAAUCCAUGAUUGAAAAUUCCAAUUAAAUUUAAUCUCCGAUUAAAUUCAAAGUUGGUGUCAAAUGAUAGUUUAUAAAAAUAAUCUAACAUAGGAAUGUAAAAUCGGUUUUCCUCUAAAAUUAACCGUUCAGGUUUUAGAGCCUGUCAAAGUUGCAAAAAGUCAAUUUUCAACUGUCAAUAUUUCCAAAACAGUUGAACUUAGGUAUAGAGUAUAUCACAUGAAAUCUGCUCAGAAUUUUAUGUAGAAUCCAAAUAUGCAAUCACAUACAGGAUGUUUCAUUUAAAAUAGCGAUGUUGCCACUGGUUUAGAGUAGAAGCGGCAACACCGCAUAAACAAAAAUAUUUUUAAAGUGUAGAUUAGGGUUGUUUAUCUUGGUUGCCAAAUUUUCAAAAUGAUCCGCUCUUCAGUUUUCCAUUAACGUCUAAUACGCCAUCCACCGUGGGACACCCUGUAUACAAUAAUAAGUAUCAGCCAAAUGGAAUAAAUUCGAUAAUAAAUAAAUGUGGAAGUUUUCGAAAAAACGCUAGAACGCUAGAUUUUUUUUUUUGCUUAAGAUUUUUUCACAAUAAUUUUUUCAUACAGGGUGUUCCAAGAACAGCUGUACGGUUAUCAACUUUAUUUUUUUUAAAUGAUACUGAUAUUAUGACAUUUCUGGAUUCUGCGAAAACAUAUUUCAUGUACAAUCUCAUAUACCUAUUUUUCACAACUUUUGCAGGCUGUAAAAUAUAAAUAGUUAAUUUUACAGCAAAACUGAUUUUACAUUCACGUCUGUAGCUUUUCACAAGCUAUCUUUUGACAACAACUUUGAAUUUAACCGGAGAAUAAAUUUAACCAAAAUUUUUAAUCAUGGAUCAAAUUCAAAGUUGGUGUCAAAUGAUAGUUUAUGAAAAACUAAGAAAAUAAUGUACGAACGGUUUUGCUGUAAAAUUAACCAUUUAGGUUUUACAGUCUGUCAGUGUCAAAGAUUCAAAUAAGUCAAUUUUCAGCUGUCAAUAUUUCUGAAACAGAUGAAGAUAUGAGUAUAGGACAUUGUACAUGAAAUAUAUCAAGAAUUUUCCGCAGAAUCCAUAAAUGUCAUAAUAUACAGGGGGUACGAUUAAAAAAAAGAAGUUGAUAACGGUAAAGCUAAUCUUCGAACACCCUGUAUAAAAAAAUAGUGUGAGAAAAUCUUAAGCAAAAAAAAACAAACUCGACAUGUCCGAGCAUUUUUUCGAAAAGGCCCCUAUUUAUUUAUUAUCGAACUUAUUCCAUUUGGCUGAUACACACUGUAUACCUACAUGGCUACUUAGGUAAUAUUUAUAAAAUACGUAUUAUAUUAAAUUAUUGCAUCAAUAUUUUAUUUAAGAAUGUUAAUAAUAAAGCUAACUAUUUAUUUAAAAAUA